AUGCCAAGGCCCAAUACCGCCCAGGCCAUCAACCUGACGGGCUUCAAACACCCGACCACGCACAACACGCGCAUUCAGCUCAACGGGACAUGGACGCGUCCCGGGUCGCCAGCCAUGCAAAGGACAUUCACGCUCGUACCAAACGCCCCCUCCCCCCGUCCAGCCCACCAUGUCCGGCCCAUGACAACAAAACAAGUGCGAAAGGCCUACAAGGCAUCGACAAAGACGCCGCCCAUGUCGCGCGCCGAGCGGAUGAAGCAGGAGAGGGCCGAACAGGAUAGGAUAAGGAGAGAGUUCGAAAAGGAAAAGUCGGCGGCGAGAGCCAAGAUCGCCCGAGAAAAGAAGCGCGAGAAGGACCUGGCCGAGCGGGAACACAAGAAGAAGCUGGGCAUGCCGCUGGUGGCCGUGCGCCCCAGCCAAGACACGAUUGCGAGGUUCGUCAGGGGGAACGGGUCCGGCAAGAAGAGAGAUUCCGGGGGCAGGCCUCUGGGGGACGUCGGGGGCAGGGAGGAGGCGGCGCCCGCGGCCGGCACGUCGAACCACGCCAGGCCCGAGCUGGACUUGCUGCCGGACGACUACGGGAGCGAACUGGACGAGAUGCUGGACACGAUGGAAAACGGAGCAGCCGAAAGGGACGUGCGAGACGGGAGAGGAGCUCGCGCCGAGGACGGAAGCCCACCGCUGCACCACACCCCGAAGACAGCACCGCGCGGCGAGCCGCGCUGCGAGGCCAAGAGCCCCUCGGGGCUCGGGGGAGAGAUGAAGCCCCCCCCGCGUCCGUGCCGGGCGAGACCACAGCAGCCCGUCUGCUCGCCGCCGCCGGUCAUCCAGCAGCCGCCCAUGAGCACGCAGGCCAUCCUCGGCAGCUUGGACGACUUCUUCCCCUCGCCGUCCCAGCAGGCUCUUGAGCUUCAGGACGAGACUCUCGACGGCGGGCUCGACGGUUCGCUCGGCGAUGUGGAAUCUCUACCUCGGCAGCGGCGCCGGCCGCGGCGGCUCCUCACAUCAUCAUCUGGCUCGGAUGAAGUCGUGCCUCUAGCCGUACGGCAGAGUAGGCGCACCGCGGCUGCAGAAGGACGAGAGGACCAAGGAACAGCGCAGGCGCAGGCGCAGGCGCACCAUACCAGCGGGGAGAGGGAAGCCUGUAACCGACCCGACAAUUCCAAAGUACAUACCACUGUGCCACCGAAGCGCGCUGCCAGCAUCUCAAAACCAGGGCCCUCGCUCGGCGGGGACAAGGAGAACAUUCAGAUGGAGUCGCCCGCUCAUGCGUCCGGCAUCAGCGACUCACAAGAGACGGAAUACGGAGGGGACUGGAUGGACGACCUGGCGUUGGACGUCGUCUUUUAG